AUGGUGCCAGAUUCGCAGCUUCGGGGAACCCCCUUUCCGUCUUACAAUUCUUCUGAGCAUGGUAUUUCCGCCAUUUUGAAGGGGCAAAGCGCCAUAAACUACAAAGAUGAGCUGCAAUACCGUCCCAGACCCUCUACAGCGUCUUCAACCCGCAGGCUACGACAACUGCUGGCAUCGGUUGCUGCAGUCUCGGCAGUUGUAUUUAUUACCUACGUAUGCAGUGUUUCCAUUGGAAAAGGGAUAGCUGCAGUGCCGUUUGGCCGCAAACUGGCAGACCGCCGGGGUGGGGAAGAAUGCGAUGUCUCACAAGCCUCGCAAAGAACAGGGUCAUCUGCAGAGACCUCCUCAGAAGGCCAGCAGGCUAUGAUCGCGCAUAUAGAAGCUCUGCAGGCGCAGGGGCUUGAAACGGUGGUUGAGGAGACCCCUCUCCAGCCUCCGCCUCCCCCUCUCGAUCCUGGUCUCGAUUCGCUUAUAGAUUCCGUGUUGUUUGGAAUCAAUGAUCCCUCGUCCGAAGACAUUUGGCUCGCCGAUGAACUGCAGCUACACCCCACCGCGGAUUCUCCUUUUGGAUCGAUGCCCUCGAGAAGCGUGUCCGAAUCAGCUGCUAUCGACUUCAAGCAGGUGCCUCCACUUCCCCCGCUCGAUCCUGGUCUCGAUUCACUUAUUGAUUCUGUUUUGGCUGGAGCCGCGGCUACCGUGUCCAAAGACCUUUGGCUCACCGAUGAACCGCAGCAACGCCCCUCCGUGGAUUAUUCGGUUGGCUUGCGGCCCGCGGUGUUGGGAGGUGCUUCGGAGACACCGAUGGUGCCGACUCCGCACCGGCCUCCACCCACUCUCGAUCCUAGUGUCGAUCCACGUGCUGAUUCCGUGUCGUCUAGAGUCGAACAUCUCACCUCCGAAGACGUUUGGAUUCACGAUGCGGUGCCACUGCACCCCACACCGGGUUCCUCCAGCGUUUCGAUGUCCCCUGCAUUAGCAGGCCACUCUGAACUAUUGGGCGGCAACCCAGUCGAGCGGAAUAUUGAAUACGUGCUGCCCUCAGUGACAUCUACAUUGCCGGGAGUUCCUAAGAGAGUCAUAGAAGGGAGGAACGUGACAAUGGGCCUUCCUCAAGCACUCACAGCACAACCGCUCGCAUUUGCGAAAGAACGAAUGGCCACCAGCUCUGAAGAGCCAGUUGACGAUUCCUUGCCGUCUUCGUCGGGGGACUCUCCUGACUCGUCGCAGCUACCUUCGGGCGUCACGCUGUUUCAGUACAGUGGAUCAGUUGUGCAGCCAGCACCUGUGGAAGAACUACCUACUGAUGCAACCGUCACUUCCCACUUCAGAUGGCUCGGAGAUUUGUUUCCUGCGAUUCCUGUUGAUGUCUUGAGGACGCAUCCAUUUUACCGUCACCCGCAAGAGAUUGCAAGUACACUGAUGACGGCGCUGGAGUACUAUAGGAGGGGGUUGCGGCCGCCAGUUUUAAUGGUGGUUGGCUUGAAAGCGACACUGUUUUGUAGACCGGGCUCGACGAAGUUCAAGGCUGAACAGUGGGAACCGUGGAGGCAAGACGCCGCGGAGUGGCGAGAUUCCCUACAGCUGAAUGUAGCAUGGUCGAACAAAUGA